AUGACCAAUGUUCUAAACGUUUUCGGUAUAAUUCUAUUUGUUAACUGUUUGGCGUUUGGGCAAGCUGCUAUACCCUGGAGUUGCCAGAUUAACGCAACAGGACAGCCGAUAAAUGUCGAACAGUUGUCAGGUGCCUGGUACGAAGUGGCACGAUUGCCGCCAACUGAGGUCCCUGCCUGUUUGGAAGUUACCGCUCCCAAUUCGAUUGAGAAGGAUUUAUAUACCUUAAAAUUAGAUUACGUGGAUAACGUGAGCAAUGGUUGGAAGCCAGUACAAGAGAAAAUCGAAUUUCCAUGGGACGCUGAAACUCAAAACGGGAAAUUCAAUCUAACCUACAGUGGUUCCGAUACGAACGUCACCGUCGAUUUUGUUUAUAUGGGAACGUUAAACAACCUGACGGUGGUCUGUGGAUAUUCUGGCAUAGCUCCAAGUGUAUCGUUGAUUCGAAUUCUAAGCAGAAAUAGAACCGUGGAUUCCAAAAUAAGAAGUGAAGUGGAAAAUAUCGUGACCGAAUUUGGAAUAGCCGCAUCUGAAAUGACCUGGGUGGAACAGGGACCAAAAUGUAACAGUGGCUCUUUCCUUUCGUCGUCAAUACUUGUAGUCCUACUGACAGCUAAAUUAUUAGUGUUUGGAUUUGCCAUUGUGGCAGUAGCAUGUGCCCAGUACGCACCCAGCUCGGAAUACUUGCCUCCAGCUUUGCAGGAAGCUAGUCAAUCAAUUGAAGUUGCUGCACCUACCAAUGAAUACUUGGCUCCUGCAGCUGUUGCCGAAGAACAAACCGUUUUUGCCGAUGAUGGUUACCGUUACAAGACCGUUCGCCGUCUGCGUCACCGCCAAAGACGCGAUGUUAGCGAAUUGACUCAAUAUUUGCCCCCUACUCAGGAGGCUACCAUUGAAGUUGCAGCUCCUUCGAAUGAAUAUUUGGCUCCCGCUGUUGUUGCCGAAGAACAAACCGUUCUUGCCGAUGAUGGAUACCGUUACAAGACUGUCCGCCGUCUGCGUCACCGCCAAAGACGCGAUGUUAGCGAAUUGACUCAAUAUUUGCCCCCUGCUCAGGAGGCUACCAUUGAAGUUGCAGCUCCUUCGAAUGAAUAUUUGGCUCCCGCUGUUGUUGCCGAACAACAAACCGUUCUCGCCGAUGAUGGAUACCGCUACAAGACCGUCCGCCGUUUGCGUCACCGCCAAAGACGUGAUGUUAGCGAAUUGACUCAAUAUUUGCCCCCUGCUCAAGAAGCUACCAUUGAGGUUGCUGCUCCCUCUAAUGAAUAUUUGGCUCCCGCUGUUGUCGCCGAAGAACAAACCGUUCUCGCCGAUGAUGGAUACCGCUACAAGACCGUCCGCCGUUUGCGCCACCGCCAAAGACGUGAUGUUAGCGAAUUGACUCAAUAUUUGCCCCCUGCUCAAGAAGCUACCAUUGAGGUUGCUGCUCCCUCUAAUGAAUAUUUGGCUCCCGCUGUUGUCGCCGAAGAACAAACCGUUCUCGCCGAUGAUGGUUACCGUUACAAGACCGUCCGUCGCCUACGUCACCGCCAAAGACGCGAUGUUAGUGAAUUGACUCAAUAUUUGCCUCCUGCACAAGAGGCUACAUUUGAAGUUGCUGCUCCUUCGAAUGAAUAUUUGGCUCCCGCCGUUGUUGCCGGACAACAAACUGUUCUCGCCGAUGAUGGUUACCGUUACAAGAAGCUGACUUUCGUUUUUGUGGCAGUUAUUUUUGGUACAGCUUGUGCCGCUUUGGUGCCAAUCAAUGAGUACUUGCCUCCUCUAGAGGAUGCCUCACCCACAAGCAAUGUUGAUUUGCAAUCAAUAAGCGAAUCGAGCCCAUUGACAGAUGAUGGAUAUCGCUACAAGAUCGUGAAACGUCUACGCUUGCGUCAAAGACGUGAUGUCAACGAAUUGCCCUCCAACGAAUAUUUGCCACCAGCACAGGAAACCCAAGUCGUUGAAGAAGUAACUGCCCCAGUUGAAGAAUCCGCCGUAUUAGCCGAUGAUGGCUACCGUUACAAGACUGUAAAACGCAUCCGCUAUCGUCACCGUCGUGAUGUUAGCGAAUUGCCCUCCAACGAAUAUUUGCCACCAGCACAGGAAACCCAAGUCGUUGAAGAAGUAGCUGCCCCAGUUGAAGAAUCUGCCGUAUUAGUCGAUGAUGGCUACCGUUACAAGACAGUAAAGCGCAUUCGUUAUCGUCACCGUCGUGAUAUCAACGAAUUGCCCUCCAACGAAUAUUUACCGCCAGCACAGGAAUCCCAAGUCGUUGAAGAAGUAGCUGCCCCAGUUGAAGAAUCUGCGGUAUUAGCCGAUGAUGGCUACCGUUACAAGACUGUUAAACGUAUCCGUUAUCGUCACCGUCGUGAUGUCAACGAAUUGCCCUCCAACGAAUAUCUACCCCCACAGCCUGCCCCAUUUGUUGCCGAUAUUCCAAUUGUGACAUCCGCUGAUGUUGAGACUGAGAAUUCACAAGACUCCGCCGUCUUAGCUGAUGAUGGUUACCGGUACAAAGCCGUAAAACGCAUUCGCUAUCGCCAACGUCGCGAUGUCAACGAAUUACCCUCUAACGAAUACUUGCCCCCCGUUCAAGAAACUCAAGCCAUUGAGGAAGUCGUUUCUCCUGUAGAAAAUUCCGCCGUUUUAGCCAGCGAUGGCUACCGUUAUAAGACUGCAAAACGCGUCGUUUAUAAACGUCGCGUUUAA